AUGGUGUCAGUCAUCCGCCGCAUGAAUGUAUUGAAGCGAAAGCUCUACAGCGUAAGACAUGGCCCCGGCGCCGCCCAGCUUCCGCCCGAGAUCUCCCGCCUGCACUUUGAGUUCCCCAUGACCAGGAGUCUAGCGGAGCUGGGACCAAGAAAAUUCUGGCGCCACUACCUCCCGCAACUAAAAUACCACAACCCCUCGGUGCCCAUGAUCCUGAACCGCUUCCCAGACACGCCCGAGCAGCCUAGGCCCGCGCUGCUGUCCAUAUACCUGCGCACACCCACCACGUCCACCACCGCCGCCGCCACCACCAGCUCCCGCAAGGCCUCCCAGCCGCAGCAGAUCGCAGACCUAAAGUCGGCGACCGACGGCUCCAGCCCGGCCCCGGCGCCGCUCGAGGACGAGACGGUUGUGACCAUCGACGCGACCAAGCUCAAAGCCAAGGCGAUCCUGAGGGAGCUGCUCGUCAAGACGGGAGCGAAGCCCGCUCCCGGACCGACGGCGCAGGAGCUGGCCGAAAAGGCCGAGCUGGACGCCCUCGAGGCCCAGGCCGAGGUCGACAGGCAGGUGCAGAUCAAGUUCAGGGAGCAGCAGCAGCUCGAAAAAGCCGCGCUCGACAAGGUGAAGCGCGAGGCGGCCGAGAUGAAGGCGGCGGCCAAGGAGAUGUAA